AUGAGUCUCCAAAGCGUCACUUACGUCCUGGCCUCGUCGAUGGCCUUCGAUAUAGCCCCACCCCAGUUACCCCGACGGCAGUCGCGAGUCGAACCAGCCCCGGCCAUCGGCAAAAGAGGCUUUGUCGUGGCCCGUCUCGACUCGCGCACUCUGCUCUUUUACUGCGAUACGUGUCCUCACCGGUCCGUCGACCACGCGGAUUUUCAGCUGCACGUGCGCAGCCACCACCCGGACACGUGGCCGGGCGGCUGUUUCGUCUGCCCGCGAUGCGGCCUGACGUACGAGAGCCAAACCGAACUCGACGUGCAUCGCAGCUUCAUGCACGACGAUGCCGGACUCCAGUGUCGCAGAUGCUACAGCACGUUCGGCUGCGAGGCGCAUCUCAGGAGUCACGAGUCGAGCGUGCAUCGAUUGAGCAGGAAGAGGAGGGAACCACGAUGUGGUGAUAAUGCGGGACAAUUUUUCUAUCCCAGAUGUCGUCAGCGGCCGAAUUAUAACCAGCAAGAUAGGAAAUAUAGAUGCAGCACUUGUUCGAGAAUAUUCAAAGGCAUGAGAAAUUUGUUGGCUCAUAGAAGACAGGCGCAUCCCAAAUCGUCGCGUAAUUGA